AUGGCGGGUCAGCAGAGCCCAGCCAAGUACUUGUUGCUCCAGGUGUGGUGUGGCCUCCUCACCAUUGGCAUGAUUGUUCUGGCUGCAAUUUUCACAUCAAUGAAAAUAAACUCAACUGACAAGAAUAAUUUGUCAACACCAGACCCAGAGAAAAUGACCCCAAACGCUGUUUUUGCUGCCUUGAACUCAUCAAAAGGUCCUCAACAUUCUUACAUCCAGCUCACCAUGGCCCAUAAUCAAGACACCUGGACCAAUGACAUAUUCCACAACAUGCCUCUCUGUGACUCUUGCUCCCUGACCCUUGACAACAACUGUGUUCAUGCUUCAUCUGAUGGACUUUACUACUUCUAUGCCCAUGUCACCUUUCACAACCUGCCUGAAGGCAAUGAGAAGGGAGCUGUGAGUCUCUACAGGUAUGCCACUUCGAGUGACAAAAGAAAACUGAGUGAAGCUGUGUUUCGCGGAAAACAAGGGACUGUGUCAAUAGCCAAGAUAGUACAACUCAAAAAGGGAAAUUGUGUAGGAUUAGAAAUAACGCCUAACAAUACCUUCAUUUCUCAUGCUGUAGAAAAAACAUUUUGGGGGGCUUAUCAGCUCCCCAAACUCUGAAGCAUAGGGCAGAAGUCAUAUGGAAUGUUUUUGUCUAUGGCUUCUUUAUUGCUUUUGCUUAAUUAAUAAACAGUGCUAAAGGUUUUUCAGGUAAUUGACAUUAUAAUGUAAAUGAAACCUCUGAAAAGUGUGCUUGGCUUUCAGAAGAUACAUUUACAUUACAUUCACAUUCCUUUGACCCAUUAUGUCCCAUUGAUUGUAUAAUUUAUGAAUAAAGGAAUUGUUAACCUAUGAUUUCAAGAGUUCAGAAAUUGAAGAUAAAGUCAUGUUGAUAUACAGAUAAUAAAUUGAUCCAUCUACUACUUAUCACAUGAUGGUGCUACCUUCAUUAAGAAAACACAAACUUAUCUCAUUCUCUGUCUGCUAUUAAUACA